GAUGCGUUUGAAUUUAUAUUGUUGCAAAAUCUGCAACAGAUGCAUAAAACGUUAUUAAAGUCAAAUAAAGUGCCAGAAUAUUUCACCUGUCUCGCCACCUUCCCCAAAUCGCAAGAGCAAACCUAACGGAGAAAUGAAAGUUGCAGAGCAGUGAAGAAAUUGCCUUCACCUCAAGUGGGGAAAGCAGAAGGCCCCUUGUCCUUGCACCCUGCAUUCAUUAGAAGGUAAGAGGUGAGAGGAUGAAAUGAUAACAUAUUUGGUGUUCAUAUCUGCAAAAGAUUUUAACAUUUGGUCCUUAUUCUCAAACUCUGAAGAAGUUUAUUACUCUCGACUUAAUUUAACAUUCAAUUACACGUGAAUGGAGACUUUACACUGAACCGAACGAUUCGAACAUGCAUCACCUUUUAAGUGUGGUGCUAGGUCAAAGGGAUUUGUCUCGAGCAGGAGAUCUCUUCUCCUUGGAGGAUACUGAAAUUGAAGAUUGUCUGUCAGAAGCUCUUGAGCAAAUAAAAGAAAUAUCUUCCUCACCGGACUAUCUGAUGAAUGACAAUGAUCAGGCAGUGGUAGAAAUCUGCAUUACUCGAAUCACCACUGCCAUUAGGAAGACAAAAUCUAUUGAGAACCAUGGAAAGGCUCUAGUGACAUUGUGGGAAUCGUGCUUAGAGCAUAAUUUGAAACCAGUCAGUAAAGAUGAAGACACUCCACAUGCUAAAAUUGUUUCUGAUGUUAUGAGUUGCAUCUUUCAAAACUACAGUAAUCCAACUGUAAUGGCUCUUGCCGUUCCUGUAGCAGUAAAAUUCCUGGAAAUGGGCAACAAAGAACUCUCCCGGAACAUGUCUAAUUACCUAUCACUUGCAGCUAUUGGCAAACCAGAAAUCCUUGCAAAACACACAGAAACGAUUGUGAACAGUGUACUUCAAGGGAAUUCUGUGUUGCUGCGGGUUUUACCUUCAGUCUAUGAGAAGCAGCCUGAACCUAUUAACUGCCACAUAACAGAGCUGGUUCAACUGAUACCACAACUGGAGCCUCCUGAACAGCAGCAUCUUCUCCGCCUUUUGCAAAUGAUAACAAAGCAAUGUCCUCAGGUAUUAAAUGAAUCCAUUUCAUCUCUGAUUAUCCAACUGAAAGAACCCAGCCAUAGUGACCUUAUCCUCAACAUGUUGGUGGAUCUGGUAACUUCCAAUCAAUGUGCCCUGGAUAAUUCCAUUGAAGAUCUGAAAGAAAUUGCUGAGAGUUACCCAACUCUAUUAGGACAAAUCGCCAAAGUUUUUGGAGUCAUAGGCUGUAUUAAUGAGGAAAAGGCAAGAAGCUGCCUGGUUUAUCUGGUGACUCAACUAGCAAAUAUGGAGCAUUGUUAUCACCAUAUCCUGCUACUAGAGAUUAAAACCAUCACUGACACAUUUGGCAACAUUCUAGGAGCUCAGAGUAAAGACAUUUACUGCAUGAGUAACAGCUUCACAGCAAUUGCCAAACUUCUUGUCAAACAUCUAGAGAAAGACAUUACUGCAACCAGAAGAAUAGUGACUAAUAGAGCAGGAGAACCUGUUGCAGAUUCCCAAAGUGAAGAGGGUCUGAUCAAUGAAAAUUCAGGAGUUCAGACACUCCAGAUGAAGCGACGGGCUUUUGAGAAAAAGAUGACGAAUGAAAACAGUGCUUCAAGUCGUAUACGUCGGUACAGCCUGGGCCAGGGGUCAAGGGAAGAAUGGAAAGCAAUGCGAUUUAACAGGUCCAAAAGUCUCGCUCUUCAUGCAAUGCACACAAAGUCAUCAAGUUCUGAAUAUGAUGAGGGAGAAAAUGGAGACAUUAAAACAGCCAUCACAUUUUCAGACAGAUCACUCAGUGAAGGCAGUGUCAAACAGCUUUUGUGUCAAGAACUUGAUGAACAUAAACACCAGUUGCAUUCUCUGUCUCACUGCAAUAUUGCCUCAAAAGAAUCAAGAAGUUCCUGUGGUACUGUUAAGGACAAUAAUAAACGAGGUAGUGCAGAAAACCUGGCGCAUCACUUGGAAGCACAGGAUCAACUCUAUCUGUAUCUCAAAGGAAAUAUCAAUGAUGUAAAGACAUUUUUUUCUGAAAUGGUGAGGAGAAUCCCUGUCCCAGAUGAGUGUAUUAUUGAAGAUUCCAUUAGUGGAUGUGUAGCAAAGCUACUCUUCAGCUGUCCACAGAAAGGAUUUUACUGCCUGUAUAGCAAAUCCAACUUCAUCCUCAGCACUGAUCAGCCUCAACUUUGGAUCUACAUCAUGUUCCUUUCCCAACAGAGCUAUUCUGCAAAUCCUUUAUCCACCCAGGAUGCACCAGUACAAGUUCUUAAAGCACUAUGGGAAAAGGUACAGCUGAAAGGAACACACAGCUUUGAAACGGCAAUGAUCCAGACAAUUCAUUAUAAGAAGGAUCUGGACAGUCUGCAGAUGCACCUCGCAGAAGUGAGAUUUUUUGAUCUGUUUGGUUACAGUGAGGACGUAGGAAUGUGGCGGUGCUUCAUGUGUAAUAAUCCUGAGAAGGCAACAGUUGUAAAUCAGGAUGGUCAACCAAUCAUUGAAGGCAAGCUCAAGGAAAAGCAAGUGAGGUGGAAAUUCAUAAAGAGAUGGAAGACCCGUUAUUUCACAUUGGCUGGGAAUCAGCUCCUCUUUCGCAAAGGAAAAUCAAAAGAUGAUCCAGAUGAUUGUCCAAUUGAAUUGAGCAAAAUACAAAGUGUAAAGGUCAUCACUAAAAAGCGAAGAGACCGCAGUCUUCCUCGGGCCUUUGAAAUCUUCACAGAUAACAAAACAUACAUCUUCAAAGCAAAGGAUGAGAAGAAUGCAGAGGAGUGGUUGCAGUGUAUCAAUGUCGCAGUAGCCCAGGCAAAAGAAAGGGAGAACAGAGAGGCAACAACUUACCUAUGAAUAAGUGUGAGAGUACUUGUUUAAAUAGAUGGCAAAAAUAAUGAUCAGGAUGAAUCACUACGUAGAUCUUGCAGAUCUAGAUUGCAAUUCAUUGAGGGUGAAUCACUAGGGUGUCUAAAUCUUAAAAUGAGAGGUAGCAAUAUUAAUAUUUGGGCGGGGGGGACACUGCAGUUUAUUAUCAAGUAGCAAGAUAACAAAUGUUUGGCAACAUGGGAUCUGUUCAAUCUAAAAAGGUCAAAUCAGCAUUAACAUAUGA